AUGAAACCUCAUAGAAAUCUUCCAUUCCAAGAGAAUGUUACAUCAGUCAGCAAAGGUAUCAACGAAGAUUUUGAUGCAAAUCAAGACAUUAAUGAAACUACUAGACCAAUUUCAUUUGUAAACCAUGAUUGCAAUCCUAACACCGAAUACAAUUUUAGAACUUCAUACUCGCUUCAGCUGAAAGUUAUUAAGAAUAUUAAAAAAGGUGAAGAGAUAUUGGUUAAAUACUCUGAUGAUUAUUUUGGGCCCAAUAAUGAAGAUUUUGCAGAAGCUCGAGCUAAGAAUGCAUUGUGUACUUCAGAAAAAGCUGAACAAUAUGACAAUUUAUGUAGCCAGCUAAAAUUGAAGGAAGCAUCAAAUCUGUUGAAAGUUGAAGCAAACGAUACACUGAGUAUUCCAGUUAUAAAUGAUUUGCCUAAUGAAUCAAGUUUCUUUGAGAAAACAUCAAAUCAAUCAACUGAUUUGCUUGAAAUUAAUAAAAGUUCUUUAACUACUUGUAAUGAAAUCAAGUUAGCGAAGGAAAGGCAAUUAUCUACAAGUCUAGAAAUGACAGUUGCAGAAGCUCGAGCUGAGAAUGCAUUGUGUACUUCAGAAAAAGCUGAACAAUAUGAGAAUGUAUCUGGUCAGCCAAAAUUAAAGGAAGCAUCAAAUCUGUUGACUAAUUCAGACGUAAUUGAGUCAGCUAACAGAAAAAUACAGAACCCUGCAGUAGAAGAAUUGCUAAUUGGGAAAAUUGAUGCAAAUGAUACACUGAGUAUUCCAGUUACAAAUGAUUUGCCUAAUGAAUCAAGUUUCUUUGAGAAAACAUCAAAUCAAUCAACUGAUUUGCUUGAAAUUAAUAAAAGUUCUUUAACUACUUGUAUUAAAAUCAAGUUAGCGAAGGAAAGGCAAUUAUCUACAGAUUUAGAAAUGACAGUUGCAGAAGCUCGAGCUGAGAAUGCAUUGUGUACUUCAGAAAAAGCUGUACAAUAUGAGAAUGUAUCUGGUCAGCCAAAAUUAAAGGAAGCAUCAAAUCUGUUGACUAAUUCAGACGUAAUUGAGUCAGCUAACAGAAAAAUACAGAACCCUGCAGUAGAAGAAUUGCUAAUUGGGAAAAUUGAUGCAAACAUUACACAGAAUAUUCCAGUUAUAAAUGAUUUGCCUAAUGAAUCAAGUUUCUUUGAGAAAACAUCAAAUCAAUCAACUGAUUUGCUUGAAAUUAAUAUAAGUAAGUAA